AUGCAACACCAACGUCGACGUCCGCCUAUGACACUUUCUCCUGUAGCUUUCAAUAAUAGUUCCAAUAGACCUAUGCGCCAAUCCAGUCGAAGUGUGCCAUCGACACCAAGUCAAUGUUUUGGUUGUUCUCAACCGAUGUUAAAUCCAUUUAUAUCUAAUGUUCUCGAUCAUUUAUGGCAUCCGGAAUGUGUUCGGUGUUUUGCAUGUCGAUGUGUACUUAAUGAGCAAUGCUAUUCACGCGAAGGAAAACUUUAUUGUAAAGAUGAUUUUAUCAAAAAAUAUAUUCAUCGUUGUUUCGCUUGUCAAAAUCUUGUCAAAUCAGAUGAAUUGAUUCGUCGUAUUCGUGCAGGUCGAAUCUAUCAUGCUGAAUGUUUUGUUUGUACGAAAUGUAAACGUACGUUGCAAGAUGAUGAUAUAUCAGAAUUACUUAAAACGAAUGAUGCAACAUUGAAUGAUCUUGAAUGUUCAUGUCAAACAUGUUUAUAUCCUGAUAGAGAAUCGAAUGAAACAAAGCCAUUAUCAAAAUCUGAUGGAAGUAAACCAAAUGACAAUGAAAUUUCACAAACAAUCAAUGGAAAAGUAUCACCUUCAUCUGAUACAACAGAACAAAAGUCAUCGACAUUAAAUAAUGAUACUUCAACAAAUAAUAAUCACGUCGAUGAACAACAAUCGAUGGAAGUUGAUGAAGCUCCUGGAACAACAAAGUCAUCAUUAGUAUCACCUAUAAAAGAACAAUCAUCACCAAAUCCAUCGGUGACUGUUGCUCCUAAAGUCAACGGUCGACAAUCGAAAAUUCGUCAAAGCACAGGUAGUAAUGGUAGUAAACGUUCACCUGCCAAAACUAAAACAACACCAGUGUCUCGUCAAAAACAGACAACUGUAACUGAAAGAAAACGUCGUUCACCAGCUACGAGAUCGAAAGCGGCAGCAUCUAAUAAUCCAUCGUCGUCGUCAACUGUUCAACGACGAGCAAGUAAUCGUCGUACUGCAAAAACAUCACGUUAUCGUAAACGAAGUUUUUCAAGUGGAAGCGACGAAGAUGAAAGUGACGAUGAAGAUGAUGCUGAUUUUUCUGAAGAGGACAAUAUACAAGAUGAUGAACAAGAAAAUGCGCGGUCAACAGUCGUUAAAAAUAAACCAACAAACAAUGUUGAUGAUAAAAAAGCUGAAACAGAACCAGAACCAGAACCUAGACCAACGCCAACAACUUCACAGCAAGCUCCACCACCGCCGCCACCACCACCAGCAACAACAGCAAAUCCAUCACUUAUAUCACAGGCUAAAAUGUCUGAACCUUUAUCAUUACUUAGUGGACUUGCAGCAAAUCCCAUGUCAAUUUCAUCGAUUAUGAAACCUGAUUUAACACCUAGUUUUAUGCCUCCAAAUUUCAAUCCAGCAUUUCCAAAUCAUGCACAAUUUUUACCACCUGGUUUUCCUUUACAAUCAAGACUUCCAAUGCCGCCACCACCACCGCCGGCACCAUCAACACAAAACAAUCAGCCAGUUCAUCUACCUGAUUCAAAUCGUUCAUCGAAUUCGGCUGACGAUUCAGAUAGUGAUUCACUUGAUCGCUCACCAAGUCCUUCGCAAAUGGAUAUUUCAACAAAUGUCGAGCCAGGUACACCAGCACGUCCUGUUACACCACCGAAAACUUCACGUCAAGCUAAAUCCUCAACAACAAUGACGACUACACAAAAACCAUCAGCUCUUUCUUCAUUACUCGAAUUCGGUACAUUACCACCAUCAACUCUUGGUGAUGUACGUCCAAAUAAUGCUCCAACAAAUCCAUUUCCAUUUCCAUUUGUUACUCCUGGCCCUGGUGUACCAUUUUCACCUCAAGCAGCAGCUGGUAUGGCUACUUUUUAUCGUCCACCAUUUGGUGUGCCGCCAGGAAGUUUACCACUUGAUAUGACUCAAUCACAUUCUAAUUCAUCGAAGAAAAAAUCUGAUACGGCGGAUAAUAGUGAAAUAGUUUCACAAAAUUUACUUGAUGAUUCAUCUUCAUCGCCAUCACCUAAGAAGAAAGCGAAAGCAAAACCGCGUAGUAAAAAAGCAAAAACAAAUAGAACUGAAGGUGAAAAUGGUAUGGAUGAAGGUAAUGCGUCAUCAUCACCACCACCACCACCGCCAGAAGCCAAUAAAAAAAAGAGAAAAAGAAAAACUGCUACAACAGACAAUACUAAUACGAAUGAUAACGACACAAGUAAUGCUACAAAUGGCAAUGCAAAUAAUCAUCCACAGCAUAAUUUUCUCGCUCAAAUGGGUCUUAUUAAUGCACAAUUUAUGCAACCACCACAACUUCCACCAACAUCAGCAAAUGGUAAAACACAAGCAGCUAAUUCUCAACAAGCUCAAUUAGCAGCCAUGUAUUCGAUGGCACCACAUUUUGCUGCCUAUAAUGCUUUUCCAGGUGCUUUUAAUCCAGCUUUUGCUGCAGCUGCUUAUGCUAGUGGCUAUCCAAAUCCGUAUGGAUUUCAUCCUGCAUUUACUGCAUCACCCAAUGGUCAACCAUUUCCAUUUAUGCAGCCAACACCUACAAAUGCACCACAAUUGAAUAAUACAUCAUCAAAUGAAGAUAAAUCCUCAUCAUCAGCUGCUGCACCUGAAGGACGACCAGUUAAAUCACGAAAGAAAAGUACUGCUAAUGGAGAAAAGAAAAAACCAGCAACUCCUCGAGCAAAUAAGAAAAAAUCCGUAGAACAACCUACUCUCACGGAUAACGCUCCAUCAGCAGAAAAUGACUCAAUGACAGGUAUGUCAGCAACAGACCUAACAUCACAUGUAGCUACAACACCUGAAUCGAAUUCGACACCAAAUAAACGACGAAUGAGUAGCGCAGAAAGUGAAGAUUUCGACGACGACCAACAACAAUCACAAACAACAAAUGGUAAAUCUGGUAAUGAAUCCGAUGGCUCAAUGGACGACGGAGAUCGAUCAUUAAAUACUGCUUUAUCAUUAUCAUCUUCAACAGCACAAGAAAAGAAAGGUGCACGUACAACAAUUAAGCCACAACAAUUAGACGUUCUAUGUAAAGCAUAUGACACAUGUUCAAAACCAAAUAAACCUCAACGUGAACAAUUAGUUGCCGAAACAGGUCUUAGUCUACGUGUUAUUCAAGUUUGGUUUCAAAAUAAACGAUCGAAAGAACGUAAAGGAAAAACACCAAAGGAAAAAGAUAUGCCAUUAGAUGAUGAUGAACCUGGUGAAGAUUCUCAACCACCAUCUCCACCACCACCACUACCAACAACAACAACAACAACAACAACAGCGGCAAUAUCAGAACCAAUAGCCAUUGCUACUGCUGAAAUUUAA